AUGGACGUAGAUCGCGGAUCUGAGUCACACUCGAGAACAGUUUGUUCAAUUCCACAAAGCGAACCCUGCAAGCGACAACUGGACGAGGCUGAGAAGCUUUCUCCUAUUUAUCGAUGCUACACCUAUGAUAUUGCUACUUUCAGUUCGAAUUGCCCACUGGGACACAUCUGGCAGUGGGCCAUGUCCGAGGAACAUGGGUGUCCGAGGAUUGAAGGACGUCCUAAGGAAGAAUUUCAAAUCAGGAUUUCUUCAUUUCCGGCGGCCAGAAAGGGAAGUCAGACCAAGGCUUUGGACGUUGUGCAAGGCCAUUCAUCAACUCUGUGGAUAUCCACUACCUCAGGAUAUUCAGCAUAUCCCACCUUCAAUAACAUUCCCAUUAAUUUACCGGCAUAUGUAUCAUGUGCUCUUGGUAUUCCAAGUGUGGGGUAUGUGAUGAUAUGUUUUGGAGUCGUUAAUGCGAUAUGCUCUUUGAUAUUUGGUACACUGAUGAAGUACAUUGGAAGAUUCCCCAUUAUGGCUUUGGGAGCUGUUGUCCAUGCUGCACUUGUGAUCAUUUUGCUCCACUGGAGGCCUCAUCCUGAUAACAGACUUAUUUUCUUUGGCAUGUCUGGGAUGUGGGGAGUUGGUGAUGCUGUUUGGCAGACACAAGUUAAUGGAUUAUAUGGUACAUUGUUCAGGCGGAAUAAGGAAGCUGCGUUCAGUAACUAUAGGCUUUGGGAAUCAGCAGGAUUUGUUAUUGCUUAUGCCUACAGUACUCACCUUUGUGCGAGGAUGAAGUUAUAUGUUAUGCUCUCAGUUCUUAUCAUUGGAGUAGCAGGCUACUGUGUUGUUGAAAUCCUACACAAGAGGAAGAAGCUCAGGAUGAAGAAAGCUGAAGAGGAAGCCAAGAAGCAACAGCAAUCUGCACAGCCUAGAGGCCCACCUCCAGUUGAAGAAACUGACGAUGAAAAAGAUGAUAUUGAUGACGAAAUGAUUGUGACCCACCUAUAAAUUGCAAUAGACUAAAUAGGCCUCUGAUGCUUGUCAUGCCUGAAUAAAUACUCAAGAGUGUGUGAAAGGGUGUGAGUGAAUGUUUACAAAGAAUUUUUUUUAAUAUUCUCAGAAUCAGUAUUCACUUUUUUUUUUUUUUUAAUAAAUCUUCUGUUAUACUUCUUUUUUAAGUCUUUUAUUAUAUGUGUAUAUUUAUUUAUCAAUAAUAUAAAUCUGUAUACACAUAUAUUCUACAACUAGAACCAAACAAUGUGGCCAACCUAGCCCAGUGAAAGACAAGGAAUGAAGUACAGAAGAAAAAAAAAGAAACACAAAAGAUCUGUUGAAGUAAAAUAGGAAGGUGGAGCCAAAGGAAAUCGAUAUAGUGUCGCUUAGUGUGUGUUUCUGUUAUGAACGAAGUGUACCAAAGUAAUUUAUUUCAUAUUAUAUAGUAAUUACAUUUCCAUUAUUAAGUUGAUUAUUACAACAGAACUUAUUUAAGUGUUACUGUGAUCCCUUCAUGGUUUCUUCAGUGUUUUGUGAUUGAUAAAAUAUCUUCUUCUUUCUUUUUUCAAUCCAAAUGUACACUAUGUAUGUUGAAAAAGAAAUCAUGGGGGAAUUAUAAACUUAAAUAACUUGAGAGAUUUGUUAAUGUGUGUAUAUGCCACAGACUACCUUGAUAUAUCUUCCAUACUUGCAAAACUCUAUAUUGAAAAUAAGAUGAACUGUUGUGUUGUGGUUAUUCACAUAAGUGAAAUAAAUGUUUGUUUUACAUGCAUUUUGUUGUUGUUUCAAUGCAAGUAUGAGAUUAUCAUCAUAUGUGAUCAAAUAGUUAUUGUAGGUCGGUUAGAGCCAUUCGGUGCCUUUAAUCUUUGUUAAGAUGUAUUUUUAGGAACUAAAUUAUAUAAACUCAUAUUGAAAGGUCUUUCAUUUCACAAGAAGCAUUCCAUUAUAUUCAUUUAAUGUAUUAUUUAUUGAACUUAGAGCAAUCAGUCUUAAAAAGUGUGUCUACACUUUUUUUUUUUAGAACAGGUACCAAAUGGUAACCAUAUUUUUGUUUAUAUGUAAUUAAUUACACUUAUAGCAAUGUAAAUAGUGUUUUAGGUUUUAGACCUCUAUGAUUUACAUUCUCCUAUGAAGGUGCUAUGCCAUUUUUUUUUAAUUAUUAUUUUUAGUUCCUUCCUAAGAAAGGAUCUGUAGUACACCAAUGUAUAUUUAUAUUGUAGUUUUAAAUAAGAUUUGCAAUAAUGGCAGUGCAAAGUAUAUUUUUGUUAAUUAUAAAUAUGUAACUUAUAAAUAUAUAUAUAUAAAUUAUAUAUAUAUUUUAUAUAUAUAUUGCCAUACAAAUAGUAACAUGUAAAUUUGUCUUUAAAUAAACUUUUUAAACAAAA